AUGUCUCGUUAUGCUCAUUUAUGCUAUAUUAAAGUUCCUAGUUUGGAAAUGUUUGGAGCUUCACCGACUACUAUUAUACAAGUUGGAAAUGAAGACUGUAAGGCUAUAGUGGACACAGGGUCAACAGCAAAUUUCAUUUCAGCUGAAAUGUUCGAUAGAUUAGAGGCUAAUACAUAUAGACUAUUUACUUUAAAGCAUAGAAUUAAUGUUUAUAAUGCCAACCAGACAAAAAUGGAUGUAGAUAGCUACGUCGCUCUUGAAUGUAUCAUAGAAUCAGAACCAGUGAUCAUACAUGCAUUUGUUGCAGAUUGGUUACAAGUGGACUGUAUUUUAGGUGUACCAUUUAAGGAAGAGUUUAAAGAUAUUGCCAUGCCAAUCAUUAAUAGAAAAGUUAAACUUGUUACAAUAGAUGAUCAAAUUAAAAUGAUUAGUGCGUUGAAAGCACGUAGAUUGUUAACAAAGAAAACUACUGAAGCUCAUUUAUUUUGGGUUUCGGCAGGUGGUACGAUCAGAAAAGAUGUAUCAUCUGAAUUGACUCAACAAUUACUAAAGAAAUUUGGAAAAGUUAUUGUUGAUGAAUUACCAAAUUUACCCACUCCGAAUAGGAUCAUAAAACAUCAUAUUGAGUUAUUACCAGGAAGUAGCCCAGUAGCUAGAAGAGCAUAUCGUAUGAGCUUUAGCGAAAGGAAAGAACUGGAACGACAACUACAAGAACUUUUAGCAGCUGGCAGAAUUGAAGUUGGUAACUCUCCUUUUGCUGCACCAGUACUAUUUGUUAUCAAGAAAGAUGGAUCCAAAAGACUUUGUUGUGAUUUCAGAGGGUUAAAUGAGGUAACAGUUAAAAGUAAGUUUCCUUUACCGAGGAUUGAUGACUUAUUUGAUAUGUUAUCAGGCGCUUCCGUGUUUAGUCAAUUGGAUCUUGUAAGUGGUUACCACCAAGUCGAAGUGGAACCCAAGGAUCAGUAUAAGACUGCAUUUGUAACGCAUGAAGGGCAGUAUAUUUGGAAAGUUAUGCCAUUUGGGUUAACUAAUGCACCUUCAACGUUUCAAAGGCUAAUGAAUGAAACCUUAAAAGGUUAUAUUGGAAAGUUCGUGAUCGUUUAUUUGGAUGAUAUUUUGAUAUUCUCUAAAGAUCAAAAAGAACAUACCAUGCAUUUAGGAUUAGUGCUGAAUCGUCUUCAAAAAGCUCAAUUGUACGCAAAGAAAAGUAAGUGUCAUUUCUAUUUGGAUAAAGUACACUUCUUAGGUCAUACAAUUGAUAAAGAUGGAAUUCAUGUGGACGAUAAGAAAGUGAAAGCUAUGGUAGACUGGCCUAAACCCCAGAAACCCAAGGAUGCUGCUAGUUUCUUAGGUCUCGCAGGAUUUUAUAGAAAAUUCGUUGAAGACUUUUCGGGCGUUGCCAAUCCGCUAUAUGAAUAUAGUAACAAGAAAAGAUCGUGGGAUGACGAUUGUGAUCGUGCAUUUCAGACCUUGAAAAGUAAAUUGACUUCGGCUCCAGUAUUGUUGCCGUUUGAUGAAUCUAAAGGUAUUGUAGUAACUACAGAUGCCUCGGAUUACGCAGUGGGUGCUACCUUGGAACUGGUAAAUGAUCAGGGAAAUGUAGAAGGUGUUGUUGCAUAUAUGAGUGCUAAGUUACAUGGUGCGCAAUUGAAUUGGCCUGUUCGUGAAAAAGAAGGGUAUGCAAUUCGAUUGGCUUUAGAACAUUGGUCACAUUAUUUGAAAGGAAAACAUUUUGUUCUACACACAGAUCAUGAAUCUUUGAAGUUCUUACAUUCUAAGAAAGAUACUUCUCCGAAGAUUGCCAGAUGGUUAGACACAUUUGCUGAGUAUGAUUUUGAGAUCGUUUAUAUUCCUGGUGAACAUAAUAGAGCUGAUGGAUUGUCCAGAAGGCCAGAUCUCAAGAAUACUACUUGUUCCGACACAGUGGAAAUGGCAAAGACAAUUGAUGCCAAGCUGUGGACGUUACAAACUUCGAAUGUAAUAACAACGUUUAAUGCUAUUACUCCAGAGUUGCUGGAUACCAUUAAACAAGGUUAUGCAACAGACAAUGAUUUUAAAAUAAUCUAUGAGGUAUUAUCGAAGAAAAUCGAAACACCACCAGAAUUCAGGACAAUUAUAAAAACGUAUGAAAUCAAAGAUGGUUUGUUGUAUUAUGGGUUCACUUCGAGAACUAAAAAUAAACUGUGCAUUCCUGAUAAUGAGAUUCGCGGGCAAAUAUUGAAAUUAGCUCAUGAUUCGCCAGCCUCUGCUCAUUGUGAUGCAUUAAGAACAUUUUUGAAUAUAUCUCCUUUCUAUCAUUGGCCUCGAAUGCAGAAAACUAUUAUUAACUAUGUGAAAACUUGUGAGUUAUGUCAAAAGUCGAAAAGCAAAACUGGACGACCUUUUGGUACAUAUCACCCGCUGGAAGUUUCUGAUGAUCGUUGGAGAGAUAUCAAUAUUGAUUUUCUGUCAGGAAUGGAACCUGAUAUUACAUCGGGUAAUGAUUCGAUCAUGGUAGUUAUUGAUAGGUUGAGUAAAAUGUCACAUAUGAUUGGGUUGAAGAAAACAACGACUACGGAAGAACUUUGUAAUAUUUUCAUGCGUGAAAUUUUUAGAUUACAUGGUGCUCCGCGUAGCAUUGUUUCCGAUCGAGACAAAUUAUUUACCUCUGCUGUCUGGGAUAGAUUUGCUCAACGAUUGGGCAUACACUUGAAUUUUACGACGAGUAAUAAUCCACAAGGUGAUGGCCAAGUUGAAAGGUUAAAUAGGACAAUCUCAGAAAGAAUGAGGACGUUGUGUGAACAGUAUCCCCAGAGUUGGAAUGAAUUAUUACCUAUGUUAGAGUUUGGGUAUAACAACUCGUACCAGUCCACAAUUAGGGCAACUCCAUUCUUAGCUGCGUAUGCUUUUCAUCCGAGAUUUGUUGGACUAUUAAAUCCUAUACAGCCGUCUGUGAGAGAUCCGUUGGGUCACGAACAAGAAACAGGUAGAAGUUUCAAGGCUCAAUUGGAUAGGAUAUUACAGCGUUCGGAGGCUAUUCGAGAGGAUAUAAUCCGCUCCAUAGCAGCCGAACAGGAACGUAUUUCAAUUGAAAGAAAUAAGAAAAUGAUUCCAGCACAUUUCAAAGUCGGCGAUAAAAUUCUGAUACAUAACAGUGCGUAUAUGAAACCAACCAAGGGUCAGAAAUUCCAAUUUCUGUGGUAUGGGCCGUUUGAAAUUGUGGAACAGGUUUCUACUAGUAGUUAUAGAAUUGCUAUUAGAAAAGGGAAGACUAAACAUGACGUAUUUCCAGCGAAAAGUCUCAAACCCUUUAAUGAAAGACAGAAUGAUUAUGGUCGCGUGCCGCCUGUCAACGAUGAAGACAUCCGGGCCCGGAUCAAUGAAAUCUGUGGGUUUGGAGAUAUGCAGCAACGAGGUAAUGAGACCUUGGUGGAAGCUAAGUGGAAGGACUGUGAAGAUUGGGACUCAACCAUUAUUCCGUUGGAAUGGGUUAAGGAGAAGGUUCCAGAAGACUAUCUGUUGUAUUUGAAACAACAUAGGAAUCGCCGCCAAUCUUUACAAUACUGCUGCGAUUCAGGAAGAAGAGAAAUGUUGAUGUCUAGACCAAACGGUAGAAAUAGGACAGGAAGACCAAGGGUGAAUGCCAAGAAAAUCGGUAAACGUCGUGGUAACAACAGAUUUUGA